AUUCUAGAUCCUUCUUCACCAUCAACAAACCAAAGCAUCUCGACCGUCCAUAUUCCUCCUCAAUUAAUAUCACACCUCCAUCUCAUUAUUCCAAACCCUCUUUUCACCCAAACAACAACCAAGUCAAGUCUUCCCCCUCGCGAUCUACUUCUUCGUCGAUCGAAGAAGAAGGAAUACAGGAUGUUUGGAAGAGCACCGAAGAAGAGCGAUAACACCAAGUAUUACGAGAUCCUCGGGGUUCCGAAAACCGCUUCUCAGGAUGAUCUGAAAAAGGCGUAUCGGAAAGCUGCUAUUAAGAAUCAUCCUGAUAAAGGUGGAGAUCCUGAGAAGUUUAAAGAGCUUGCCCAAGCAUAUGAGGUACUGAGUGACCCAGAGAAGCGUGAGAUAUACGAUCAGUACGGUGAGGAUGCCUUGAAGGAAGGAAUGGGCGGUGGAGGCGGUGGUCAUGACCCCUUUGACAUCUUCCAGUCUUUCUUUGGUGGUGGUAGUCCGUUUGGUGGUGGUGGUGGCGGUAGCAGCAGGGGACGAAGACAACGAAGGGGAGAAGACGUUGUUCAUCCUCUCAAAGUCUCUCUUGAGGAUCUCUAUAACGGAACUUCCAAGAAGCUCUCUCUUUCACGCAAUGUAAUCUGCUCUAAGUGUAAAGGCAAGGGUUCAAAGUCCGGUGCUUCAAUGAAAUGUGCUGGCUGUCAAGGUUCCGGAAUGAAGGUUUCCAUCAGACAUCUUGGACCGUCUAUGAUCCAGCAAAUGCAGCAUCCUUGUAACGAAUGCAAGGGUACCGGUGAAACUAUCAACGACAAGGAUCGAUGCACACAGUGCAAGGGUGAGAAAGUUGUGCAGGAGAAGAAGGUACUCGAAGUACACGUCGAGAAGGGCAUGCAGAACGGACAGAAGAUUACGUUCCCCGGAGAGGCUGAUGAAGCUCCUGACACGGUUACUGGUGAUAUUGUGUUUGUGUUGCAACAAAAGGAGCACCCUAAGUUUAAGCGAAAGGGUGAUGACAUAUUUGUCGAGCACACGUUGAGUUUGACAGAGGCCCUAUGUGGGUUCCAGUUUAUCUUAACCCAUUUGGAUAACCGACAGCUUCUCAUCAAAUCUCAACCCGGAGAGGUUGUCAAGCCAGAUUCAUUCAAGGCGAUAAACGAUGAAGGAAUGCCGAUGUACCAGAGGCCGUUUAUGAAGGGGAAGCUGUACAUCCACUUCACAGUGGAAUUCCCGGAGUCAUUGUCGCCUGAGCAGUGCAAGGCGUUGGAGGCGGUGCUGCCACCAAAGCCUUCAAUGCAGAUGACAGACAUGGAGCUCGACGAAUGUGAGGAGACGACUCUGCAUGACGUCAAUAUCGAAGAGGAGAUGAGAAGGAAGCAACAAGCGGCUCAAGAAGCUUAUGAUGAAGACGAUGAAGACAUGCAUGGAGGAGCCCAGAGGGUACAAUGUGCACAACAGUAAUUGAAUCAUGGUUAACUGGUUAAGGAUUGGUUUGAUUUUGUCUGGGCAUUAUGUUAGACAAUAAUGUCAAGUGUAAUACCUAUAAUGUUAAAUUUGUCUGUUUUGAGAACCUUUGUGUAUGGAUGAUCCACUAAUUUUCAGAACGUUGUUUGAGAAACUCAAAAAGGUUUUUCAUAUUUCA